GCUCGAGAGCCUCAAGAAGCUGCAGAAGAUCAACAAGUCAACCUGAGCGACGCGUUGAAGACAUUCCAAGCCCACCUACAGGCCAUCGCACAAGACGAGAACAAGAUGUUUAGGAAAGAGAAGGAAGAGAAGGAAGAGAAGAUCUCAGCAGAGAAGAGCUCCUCACAAUUUGCGAGUUCGCUGCAGGCCCUCAAGCACCAGUGCCUGGCAGAGGAAGACAAUGUUGCCAAAGAAAUCUCAGCAGCUGCCGGGGAGGCGAGUCGAGCGCAGGCGGUGACGUACACGAGGAGCUUCAGAGAUGAGAUGAGAGACCCAGCGAUGAACAGCAGCUUUCUUGUCAAGAGCAAGACGGGGAGACACCAGGACGACCCGGACGCGCUUGUCAAGCUCAUGCACGAGCCUCCUGGCGGUUGGACGGAGCCGAAAGGUGGACUGGAGAGGUGGAUGGAGAACCAAGACUUGGACUUUGAACCUCCGGUCAACGUGUUAUCACAGCAGAAAGAAGCUGGAGUGCCCCGAAAAGCCUAUUUCCUUCCCGCUGGGCAGGAAAAUGAAGACAAAGCUCUUGCUGUUCGCGGAGAGAUGAAGAUGACGAAGACGGAUGUGGAGGAGAGAGGAGCGUUCCCGAUGAUGGACAAGGACGGCAGCCUGACUCCAGGGUUCUACCCGAAAGGAAUCGUCUUACACAAGGGCUGGAAGGUCUCGACAGGAUACAACCCGGUGGAUACUUCAGCUGUCGAUGCGCUUCGUCCUCCUCUGCAGCGUGAGCUAGUCAACCUGGCCCAACAGCGAAGCAUGAAGCAUCGCGAGAAGCUGCUGCUGCCCAAGAAGCGAAAGGAGGCAAGGAAGGCGAGGAUGCGGCAGGAGUUGGCGGAGGAUCCGGUGCAGUACUCGCACACGGACUACAUAAGAUACGAGGCUGCGCUCCGGGCGGCUGUGAAGGCAAGAAAGUGGAAGGAGAAACUUGCGAGAGGACGAGCGCCGCCUCUCUUCUCGGAGGGGCAGAAGACGAGAUGAGAGCUAGGGGAGCAGAGGAGGGGCAGCUAGAAUGAAUAAAACGAAGCGAGAG